AUGAGCAGACAAGGUACUAUGACUAUCGAACAACGAUUUGAACAACUGAUGAAGACAACAAGAAGUAAAGAGAAACUUUUGGAAUAUAGGAAACUCUUAACUAUUCUCUUGAAUUAUGGAACGGGUGCGGCUCCGUCGAUUAUUAAGUGCUUGACAGCAGAAAUCACAAACGAGAAGUCCCCACUGUUACUGAAAUAUAUUGCAAGUGAAGCGUUGUAUUCCCUCCCGGAAAUGAACAUUACUAUGAGCGAAAACGCGUGCGAUAUAUUUUAUAUCAUUUAUUGCUUGAGAAAAGGCCUUCCUGUGACUUCUAUGAUCACUAUCAUGAACAUCAUAGGGCUCAUGGUUACCGAAAACAAACUGAUCUCACACUUGCUGGUCCCCAUUUUGUUUGCUGUUUGCGGGAGAGAGAAGAUAUCGGAAGCAGAAGCCGCACAAGUCGAUACGACUAUCAUUAGAUAUCUCCAAAUGAAUGUUGUUGGUGGAACACUGGAGUUUAACCCUAGUAAGUUGCCUCUACAAAUCCAAGAACAAGACGGAAGAACGAGUAACAUCCCUGUAUUCACUAUUAUGAACGUUUCUAGUCGGAAUGUGUACUCCGUAACUAUGUCACAACACCAUCAAGUGGUGUCUAAUUUGAUACUUUACGUAUCAAAAGUUAAUGUAUCAGUGACAUUGUGUGAGACUAUUAUAGGAUAUGUCAAUCAAGUGUUACAACAACUCCAACGAAUCCAAACAUUCACUCAAAUGCAUACCGUGAUCUACCACGAAAUGAUUCGCCUCUUGGGAACUAUUGCCGCACGACACCCAACACUCGCACAAAACGUUUCGACAGUGUUCCAAUCGAUUCGAACACACGCGGAAAGAGUUGACCCGUUUGUAGCGCUCUCGUUGUUGGAUUCCACAUUGAUCAUAUCUUCGGAAUUUUCACAGAGCAACGCUCAAAAGGUGAAUGCAUUUAUCGCAGAGUAUUUGGUGAAGAAUAACGGAUUUACAGACGUGUUGCUUGUGAGUGAGACACUUCGUGUGCUUAAGCGCCACUCUGUUGCGUUAUCUACAGAGCCCAUUUUCUUCCCAUUCAGUGCAAUUGCGUUACACUCCACAGCGAUUCAAAGAGAAGUCUUACCACUUCUCUAUUUGUUCAUUGCAAAUAGCAACGCACCCGCCGUGUUACACUACAUCUUGGAUCUUCCUAUCUUGGCACUCUUACAAACACUGUGUUACCCGGGAAGUGCCGAUAACGAGAAGAGGACCGAGAUGUAUGCGUACUCAUACAGCUAUAUGUACAAAGGUGCAUAUGACACAAACCAUUUGUGGCGUGCAGAAAAUUUGAAUAAAGUGGAAGAGUUACUUUGCAGACCCGAGAAAAACAGCGGGCGAGUCAAAGCGGCGAUGAAGUGUGUUCCUUCGUUGUUGCGAGUGUUCUUCCAAGCGGUUAGUGUUCGAUACAAAAGCGAGAGUGACGCGCUGAAUAUCGUUAAAGCAAUCAUCGCGCGAUACAACUAUUUGUUCCCCGACAACAACUUCAUUAAAUUAGUCCACGAAGCUUUCAUAUCUGCGUUGAGUGUUUUAAUUAAAGCCGCGCCAUGUAUUUUGAGUGUGUUAGUUGCAGCACUUGAUGGGUUACUCAAGAAUUCAGACUUUGUCGAAAACACGCAACAAACUGAAUUUGCAAAUCAUUUGUGUUUGUUGGUUGGAGAGAACGCCCACUUCAUUAAACCCGCUGAAAUUGAAUUUUUGCUUGCAGAAGUCGAUCCUCAAACAUUCGAAGAUUCAAAUUACCCGGAAUAUCUUCAAGUCUCACUCCUCUCAUUGUACUGCAAAUUGGGACAAGCGAUUGGACAGAAUUCAAAAGUCAAACUCACGUUGUGCAAAUUGGUUGGAAAAGUCUCGAUGUACCCAAUGCUUGCCAUGAGAGCAACUGAAUUGUACGCACUCUUUGCUACUCCGGGACUCGCCGAAGCCACUUUCAGAGGAUUGCAAUUCGAUUACAUUGAUGUCGACGCACCAUUGCCCGCAUUGGUCUCUUCUCUCGAUGCGUGUGAUGCCCAUCCUCUUCACCCAUUCACACUCUUUGUGAAUGAAUCAAAUUAA